GGUCAAUCGGAUUAUGUAAUUGCGGUUAUAUAAAAAGUUAAAUUAAACAAAGAUAAAGAGAAAAAACAAAAAAGUGAAAAAGUGUAGGAAAAACCAAAAAUUAAGCAAUAUGAAAUUUUACACGAUUUUGGGAUUUUUUAUAUCAUUAUUUACGAUUUUACGCAUAAAUAAUGCCCAAAAACCACAAGGCAGAACUUUUGGAUUAUUGGGUGCUGGCCUGGGUGGACUUGGUGGAUUAGGGGGUUAUCCAGGUUUCGGAUAUCCUGGUCUUGGCGGUUAUCCGGGACUUGGCGGUUAUGGAGGAUAUGGUGGUGGAUACGGCGGAGGAUAUGGAUAUGGUAGCUAUCAACAAUAUACGGGAUAUGGAGGUUAUGGUGGAUAUGGGGGCUAUGGUUUCCCAGGUGCAGGUUUUGGGGGCGGUUAUCCAGGAAUAGGUGGUUAUGGUUUUCCAGGUGGUGGUUAUGGUGGUGGUUUUCCUGGUGGAUAUGGUGGUGGUUUUCCUGGAGGAUAUGGUUUUGGUGGUGCUGGAAUCGGUGGAAUACCAUUUGGAAGAAGUGUAAAGGGUGGGAAAUAAGAAGUUACCAAAAAAAAAAAAAUUCUAUAUUAGUUUUUGUAAUUUAUUAAUUUUAUAUGAAAUGAAUGUGUUAUAAGAUUGUGUGAAAAAUAAUUCUUUAGUUAUUGUUGAA